GUUUCUCUUGACCAGCUGUUCACACUCAACAAUCAGCUCUAAGGAUCACAUAAAAGCAGGUCUGGCUGGUUGGAGUUUCAGUCACAGCUUUCUGAGCUUUUGGUUGAUGUGGUAGUUGUCAACUGCAUCAGAAUGAGGUUUCUGUGGAUUUCAUUUCUGCUCUUUGGAUGUGUCUCCUGUGUUCCUCAAGGAGGAAGUGGUGGUGGAGGAUAUCCUCCCUUCCCUGGACAAUAUCAAGCUGAGCCGGUCUAUGAAAGACCUUCUGGACAGUCUCCUGGUUAUAGUGGCUUUCCAGGAUAUUUCACUAGUGGAACCAACACAGCUGGAGGCAGUGGAAGUCCUUCAUGGUACACUGGUUCAUAUCCUGAGCAAGAACCAGCCAAGCCAACUUACCAGAGACCUGCACAGUCCAGUGGUCAAGGCAGCUACAGCGGUGGUGGCAGCAGCUACUCUGGUUCUGGAUCUCAACAGUCUGGUUCCCAGGGUGCUCAGUCUGGAGCUCCAGGUGGCCAGUACCAGGUUGAACAGGAGAGCUGGAGCUCAUCUGACGACAAUGAUGAGGAGCCAGAGUUCACUCCAGUGAGCGACGAGGAUCAAGUGUACGCUUUCAAGUCUCGCUCUCGCUACAACCAGAAACGGCUGCUGUUCAGCCAGUUCCGCUACACUCCAACAGAACCCCGUGUUCCUCAAGAACCAGUGUUCCCAUACCCCAGCAAGUCAUCUCAUCAGGGCAAAGGUUCAAUGAAAGGAAGCCGUUGAGGAUCUGAGGACCAUUGAUUACUUUUUGGAAUUUUUGUCCCAUACAGACAAUGAGCUAAUAAAAACACU